AUGAUCGUUAUGAAUUGCCCGGACGAGCUUGAUGUGAAGGCGAUGUGUGCUUGGAGGACGCGUGCUGAUUCUGCAGGGAAGCAGACAGAAUACUGGGAGAUGGUCAAAAAGCACAUGGAUCAAAUUGGACCGAUUCCACGAUGCAUUUUUGAUGCCAAUGAGAUUCGUGAUCGCGUGGCCCUGGUUGCGCAUGUCUUGACUUUGAUCAACGCUUCGAAUGCUGAUAAUUACAUUUUAGUUGGAGAAAACGAAAUGGUGCCUGCGAAUGACGCGUCUCACAAGCUGGUGAAAACUGUCCGAAUGUGUAGACCUGGCAUGGUCGAAAGUUUUGCUAACCUACCGGUUUCUUCUGACAUCGGGGACCAACUAAUCAUAAAGUUGACAGAAGUAGGCAAACAGAGGGAUUUUUUGUAUCAAUUAUGGAGUUUGAGGGAUUUCUUUUUGCCAGAAGCUUUGGAACGGUAUGGUGUGCACGCAUUCACGAUUAGGGGCUUUGUGGAGAAUGUAAAAGAUAGACUUAAAGAGCUGAGGCCACCAACAGGGCGCCCGGGACGGCCAUGUGUGCUGCAAUCAAACACUGAAACGCAUCCAGGCAAGUCAGUUUCAUUGACCCGACUGGAAUACAAUCCCCCAAGGCUUAACUUGGAGUAUGGAGUGUUGUACGUACCAAAGGCACGAAGCUUUCCGCUGAUAGACGGCUUUUUCUUCGUGGACGCGCCGCGGAAGACGAUGGUUGGGCUGCAGGCGACUGUGAGAGGUGCGCAUCACACCAAACCCAGCACUGUGAAGCUGUUCAAGGAGCGUAUGGCAGAGUAUUUUAAUGACUGGGAAACGUUUGCCGCAGACUUGUCGUGGGAGAUUAUUUACGUGCAGCAUCGAGAGAGUGAGGCAAUAACGACGUGGCAGAGAUGCGAGAAUUCCCCGAAUGCGGGCGACAAUGAAGACGCGGCACAGAGAAGAGAAGCAGUGGUAGGCGAAGAGGAAGAGAGGACUAUGAGGUGCUGGAAAAGAAAGGUGUAUCAGCACCAGGUGGCGAUAUCAGCAGAAGACGUCAGACCUGAAAACAGUGCCCAAAGUCGGCGACGGCCAGCGACAAGAAGGAAUACUGAUACAGCCACCCAAAGUCGGCGACAGCCAGCGACACGAAGGAAUACUGAUACAGCCACCCAAAGUCGGCGACAGCCAGCGACACGAAGGAAUACUGAUACAGUCCACCCAAAGUCGGCGACAGCCAGCGACACGAAGGAAUACUGA